AUGGUGCUACGCGAUAUAUUGAUCGCAAGUGUAGAGCCACUUCAUGUUGGCCAAUUUAUGUUUGUUCGCAUCGUGACAGACCAAAAUGUUGUGGGUUAUGGGGAAGCAGGAAUCUGGGGUCAUAUCACGGCAGCGGGCACGGCUAUUGCGAGGUUUGCAGAAUAUCUUGUGGGGAAAAGAGCAUUUGAUAUCGAACAUCAUUGGAAUGUAAUGCAUCGUUUCAGUUACUUCCAAGGCCUAGCCAUCAAUGCAGCUAUUUCCGCUAUCGAUAUUGCCCUCUGGGACAUCAAGGGUAAGACCCUCGGAGUGCCAAUCUACGAACUCCUUGGAGGACAAUGUCGGACGAAAGCGCGAGUUUAUGGACACAUCUAUGAAAACACCAUAGAAAAGGUGUUAGUCGAAUGCAAACGGAAAAUGGACUAUGGAUUCACCGCAUUUGGCCAUAUAAAUCCUUUCCUUGAUGAAGGAACGGACAAAGUCUAUUUUAAGACUCAUAUCAAAAAGAUGCAAGACGCAGAGCAGAAUGUGAGGCGAAUGAGGGAAGUAGUAGGCGACAAGGUCGACCUUCUUAUUGAGUUGCAUCGUCGUCUCACACCCGCUGAAGCUGUGACCUUCUGCAACAAUAUACAAGACACAUAUCCGAUGUUUGUCGAAGACCCCAUCAGACCCGAAAGCGCCGAUGCUAUGGCACGGGUGGCGGACAAGAUAUCCCUUCCGAUUGCAACUGGAGAGCGAUUCGGUAGUAUCUAUGAAUUCCAAAGUCACCUCGCACGAAAUGCACUAGAGUACGCCCGAGUCGAUGUUGCUCUCUCUGGCGGAAUUACAGGCGCAAAAAAAGUCGCAGCUAUCGCAGAAGCUCAUAAUGUUCAGAUCGUGCCUCAUAAUCCUUUGUCGCCAAUAGGUCUUGCGGCAUGUCUGCAAAUUGCAGCAUGUGUACCAAACUUUGCGAUUCAAGAGUACGCGACAGGUUUCGAGGCUGGAUCGUUCACAUCCACAAUGCAGCAUCUUGGUAGUGAUAUCGUUGAUCACUGUCCUCCAGUGAUAGAGGGAUUUGUUAACAUUCCUAAUGGCCCGGGGUUAGGAAUCAAUCUUUUGGAUGAUGCUGCCAAUAUUCGACCAGCAUUGGUCCAGCCCAUUAAGAUGAGGCCACACAGAGAUGGCUUCAUAGUCGACCAGUAA